AGGGGAGAUCACUAGAUAUUGCGCAACAACAAAUCGACAGACGAUUUUUUUCUGAAGUCAAUCAAGGAUUUUGUUGCUAUAAAAUCAUUCAGUCAAUAAAUAUGCCUAGAAAAAAGCCUUAUAGUGGAAAACAAAAGAAGUUACAGUUACAAGAAAAGAGAAAAAGAAAACAAAGUGGUGAAAAUGACAGUGAUGAAGGGUCAAACCAUGAAGAAAAUGACAAAGUUGCAAGUUCAUCAAAAGUAGAGGAAGAUGUAUCUCAAGCACAACCAUUAUACCAACAGCCCAUCCAAUCAACCAAAUCUCUUGAUACAAACAGAUAUCGACUUCAAUUCCUGCAAGAAUCUAAUGCAAAAUUAAAGAAGAAAAGAGAAUUGGGAAGACAAAUUUUACAUCAUGUUUCAGAACUUGAACUUGAAGUAUGUGAGGAUGACAGUGAACCUUAUAUAGACAUAGCUAAGAGACCACCAUGGCAUUAUAAUUGUUCAACAGCAGAACUGCAGAAAACAGAAACUAAAUAUUUUCAGGAAUAUGUGGAAAAGAUCUUUGCUGAGCAUGAUAUAAAUAAACUGAGUUAUUUUGAGUUGAACUUGGAGACUUGGAGACAGUUAUGGAGAGUACUGGAGAUGUCAGAUAUUGUCUUAAUUAUAGUAGAUAUCAGAUAUCCUAUGCUCCAUUUUUCUCCUGCAUUAUAUAACCAUGUAGUAAAUGAUUUAGGAAAACAUGCAAUUUUAGUAUUAAAUAAAGUUGAUAUGGUGCCACCAGAACUGGUUAUAGCAUGGAAAGAGCAUUUCCUCCUAAAAUAUCCUAAACUACAUAUAGCUUGUUUUACAUCCUAUCCUAAAGAGGCAAUAACAAAUAUAGUACCUGGUAAAGCCAGAAAGAAAAGAAACAGAGGUGGAAGAUUUGCAAUAAAUAUGGGAGCUAGAGAAUUAUUGGAAAUCUGUGAAAGUAUUGUGCAGAAAAAGGUUGACCUGUCAUCCUGGAGACAUAAAAUUGAAUCUGAAAAUGAGGCUUCAGGAUUUAAUGAAGUUAUUAAUGAGAUCCAUGAAGAUACCAUAGAAUGUCCCUCUUCAGAAAAAUAUAAGAAUGGUAUGCUUACAAUUGGAUGCACAGGAAGCACUAUUAGAUAUCUCAGUGAUCCCCAUACAAAAACAUUAUUAUAUCCUGGUCUGGUUUUCCCAUCAAAAUGUGAUAAAGCUCUGCAGGUGUUGGCAGGCAUAUAUCCCAUCUCACAGGUACGAGAAGCUUUUAGUGCAGUAAGAUAUUUAUGUGAAAGAAUUAACGUUGUGAACAUCUUACACCUACAACAUCCUGAUCCUCCAUCAAAAGAAUGGUCUCCUUAUGAUAUAUGUGAAGCAUUUGCAAUAAAACGAGGAAUGAUAACAGCUAAGGCUGGAAGACCUGAUAUUCACAGAUCUGCAAAUUUAAUUCUACGUAUGGGAUUAGAUGGUCGGCUUUGUUUAGCAUUGAGGCCAUCAGGUUUUACACAAAAUAGAGAUAUUUGAAAGGAUCAUCAAGAAACUAGAGGAUUGAUUGAGAAAUUAUCUAAAUAUAGAUCAUCAGUGGAUGAAUCAUCUGAUGGCAGUGAAGGAGAAUUUGACAGUGAUAAAGAUGAAAAUGAAAAUGAAACAUCGUCAGAUGAAGAAGACAUUGAAAUGACAACUAAAAAUCCUUUUGCUUUAUUAUGUGAUGAUUAAAUACUUAAGUCAUUAUUUA